CCUUUUCGCUCUGUGUUUGUGAAGACGGGGUGGAACCUGCCGGUUCUGCUCGCCACGCAAAUGAAAAAUUACAACAACGAAAAAAUAGUAAUAACAACAAAACCUAACAAGCGCGCGCGCCAAACUUUUGUCGAGGCGCCCGCCGGUGUUUUCCCAUUUCCUACCAGUCCCCACCUAGAAGGGCUCUCUAUCUAAGACAUCUUUUUAUUUUUUCUUCCUCCUCCUCUGUGUGCCGACCCCCUUCAAUGUGGCGCCGCCAACACACACUCCAAGGAUCCGCAGAGGCAGCCGGUGUGACUGGAAGUGAAGCUGGUCCGGACAAACCAGCCGAAACUUUCCCUGGUCUGUUUUGAACUGCAGCCGCUGCUCAGAUUUUUGUUUUUCUCUCCAUCCUUUUUUUCCCCCCUGCGCGUCGCCUCUCACUUUUUCCUUUCGUUCCGCCUUCCUCCGCGUGCGAGCGUGUUUGUGGCACCUCCCUGCUCCUCAACAGAUCUCCACCUGCACCUCCUGGCUGCUGACUAAAUAAUAAUAAUCACGAUAGUUGUAGUAAUAAUAACAACAAUAAAAAACAGCCCGAGGUCUCCUCCCCUGAGCCCGGCCGGCGAACCCUCCUCCAGGUUCCGACUCUGGACGGUGCGUCAUGCCGCCACACCUGAAGUGCACAUCGGUUCCGCUGCUGGACCGCGACGUGUGUUUAUAAGUGGAUCUACUUGUUGUUUUUUGUUGUUGUUGUUGUUUGUUUUUGCUUUGAGGGAGAGGUGGGUAUGCUCUGCUCGUCUCUGGAGAACAUUGGCAAAGAAAAGAGCAGAAAGUAGAGAAGAGCGACUAGAGAGAAGGAAGGAAGGAGAAGGACUCGUCCUCACAGAGACUCUAACUUAGUUGUAGAUGUUCGAUCAGGCCACGACUAUGGGAGAUGGGAGCCACCGCUGUGGACCCAACCCGCUGGACAGGAUGGAGGGCAAGUGCCGCCCCGACAUGGGCAGCAGGUCCCCCGUGCAGAGCUCCACCGACACGCCGGGGACCUCCGCGUCCACGCCGACGUCCUCCAGCGAGGACGGGCACGACAAACUUCUGGGAGUGGACCCGGACUACUGUCGCCGGAUAUUAGUGAGGGACGCCAAAGGCACCAUCCGGGAGAUCGUCCUGCCUAAGGGCCUGGACCUGGACCGGCCCAAACGCACUCGGACCUCCUUCACGGCCGAGCAGCUGUACCGCCUGGAGCUGGAGUUCCAGCGGUGCCAGUACGUGGUGGGCCGUGAGCGCACGGAGCUGGCCCGGCAGCUGAACCUCUCCGAAACCCAGGUGAAGGUCUGGUUCCAGAACCGUCGGACCAAGCAGAAGAAGGACACCACCAAGGACUCAGACAAGCGCUCCUCCUCCACGUCAGAGUCUCUGGCCACCUGCAACAUCCUGCGCCUCCUGGAGCAGGGCCGCCUUCUGUCGGGGCCCGCCCCGCCCCCAAACUCCCUCCUGGGGCCCCCAGCUCACCCCACGAACGGCUCCCUGCUGGGCAGCCCCGGCGGCGGCUCCUCCACCUCCCCGGGGAUCAGCAGCAGCACCUCGCCCAGCUCCCUACCCGGCGGGACAUUCGGGCUCUCGCUGCCGUCUCUGGGCGGCACGCCGUCUUCGCCGCGGCUCGGGGUCCCGCCCCCGCACUCCCUCUGCUUCUCCAUGCCCCUGCUGGGGGGGGCCCAUCACGAACUGACGUCCACCUACGGCUGUGGGUCGUCAGCCUUCGAACCGUACAUGCGGCUGGACAGGAAGGAGGCGGAUCUAGGUGGGAAGAAAACGGUUUCCUAAGCGGACCUAAGGCGUGUGGGACGUGACUCCAGGAGCCUCAUGCUGCCAGCAGGCAAAGAAAACCUGUGACCGGCAGCGACAGGGUCGCUUUCUGGCAGCGUCAUGUGCAAGGACAAAAAAAAGAAAGAGGAAAAGACUUGGUGAAAAGUGUUAGAACUUUGUUUUUGUUUUUUGUUUUGUUGGAGAAUUGCUGUGUGUAUGUUGCAGACAGAUGUUUUUAUCAUCACUCUCUCUACAGUAGUUUUAAGUCACUUUUUGUCCAGUGAGUUUGUGAGUGUGAUAUUUUUCCACCCCCCGCUCCCCCUCUCUCUCUUUAUGGGUCUUUUUUGCUGUUCAGGAAGAAAAACAACCAACAUACUUGACAUGAAUAAUUUGAAGCCGUUCGCAGCAGAGAACCUGCAACAGGAGAGGCGUUGAGUUCCGGUUCCAGGUUCUGUGGCGAGGCCCGGUUUUCGCUUCAGCUGAGCUCAGUGUCUGGACGAGAUGAGCAGUAACUACAUCUUACAGUUCCUGUUCAAGUGGUCGUGUUUGACUUUUAGUUAACGUGCUAUCACCGUAGAAAAGAAACACACACACACACACACAAAAAUAAUCGUAGCUUCUUAAUAUCAGUCUGUUUGGUGUCCAGAUGUAGUUUUUGUAAAAUCGUUCUUUUUCUUUUAGUUAUUAUUAUUUUAUUUUGAUUGUGUUUGUGUAAAUGCUAGGAUGCAGACGAAUGGUGCAAACUUACAGUACAUAUCCAUGGCUGACAGUUUAACAUGAAAGGAAGUGAAGACGAGCACAGGUGUGAGGAAGAUGGCGGAAAGAUGAAGCUGCAGAGCUGGUCGACAUUUCGUUUAUCGAGGUCGCAGCCCCAAGAUAGAACGAGGGAGAGAGAGAAAGAGAAAGAGACGACCUCUGAACCCAGAUUCAGGUUGAUUCGCGUGUCUCACAGCUUCUCAGUCAAACUCGGAGAGAGUUCACAGAUAGAAAAAUAAUCUAUUUAAGGAGAAUCAAUCUGGAGGUUUUCGCUCCGGCCUCCUUUUCAGGGCUCGAGCUGAAGCCGCAGGCGAUGAAUCAACAUGUUGCUCCACCGAAAAUUCAUCCCCAACAAACAUAUUUGCUUGAAUGAGAGAAUGCCGAGUCCAAAGUCAGCACGUUUAGACUGCCGUGUGUUUUGCUUUUUGUAAAGCGGCAAGUUUGUGUCGUCGUUUUUUUGUUCAUUUUUUAAAAUCCAUCAUCUGAAAAUGUUCGUGGAAUAUUUAAGAUUGGGCAUGGGCCGAUAGGAGAUUCUCACGGAUUGAGUGAAAAUGUUGUACACACUAAAAUGUAAAAAAAACAAACAACUUACAUUCUUCAAAGCAGGAAAAAAUAAUUAUUCCUGCUGUUGCUAAAGUAAUCUGAUCAAAGCAGUCAUAAUAAUGUGAUUUCUUGCAUUUAUUUUUGUGUUAUUCACAAAAUGGAGCAAAAGUAUAGAAACCUUUGAAAUGUUUUCAAAUAUUUAUUGCCAAGAACAGUUUUCCUAUUCUGCUCUUUAUUCACCUUCCAGUUACCUGCCAGGUUACGUCUGAGCAAAUAUGUACUAAAACAUGUUGACCUAAAGUCUGAUUAUGUAUAACAGCGCAUCAAUCCGUACAAACAGAGACUGGAGGUGAAAACACAGAAUAUUUCCGCCGUUAUAUGGUUUUAAAUCACAGAUGAGAUUAAUUGCGCCUUCGGCCGUUUUUUGAGGCGAGUUUUGGUUUUGGUUUUGAAAAUGUGGUCCGGUUUGUUCAUGUAGUGAUGAAUCAUUCCAGAUCCUAGAACAUAACAACCCUAAUCGUUUUUAAAAUGUAAAAUCAGAUCCGAUUUUUACAGGAGUUUGUUUACAGCUGGGACUUGAGGACUGGGCUGCCCAUGAGGGAUUUGUGACAGGAGAACUCAUUAAUAGUAGUAAGAGCAAAAGAGUCUUUUACUGUUGUCAGAAUGUCCUGUAACACUGGAAAACGUCUCCAGAUUUAUCUGUAGAUGAAAAAUGAUCUGUUUUUGAAAAAAAGCUCAGUUAGCAAUGGUAGAAAUAGCAAACUUACAAGUCUUCUUCAGUGGCUUAAUUUAGGUUUUUCAGCUAAAUUCAUGUUUAUUUCUUGUCUGCUGGUAACCAAAGGAAAAUAAUGCAGUGAUUAAAGGAAUAGUCCUGACUUUACUUUGAAAGGAUGUUUCAUGCAACGUUAUUCUUUAGAAAGCUGGAUGAAAGGAUCAGAUACUGUUGAGGAAACAUUUUUAUUGUGAUCGUCACAAAGCAGGAGUAGCUGUGUUGCCAUUACAAACGUGCGCAAAACUUUGUCGAUGUUUCGCUAAUGUCAAGAAACGCAAUUUUACGAUUUAAAUAAGAAAUUCAAUUAAAACCAUGUGUGAAUGAAUUUGCUCAUGCGAUAAGUCAUUAAAAAAAGUCAAUGACAUCAUCUUCCUGUCAUUUUCUUUGUCAUUUCCGCCAGCAGUAGCGUCUUGUUGAUCACAUGACUCAUGAUGUGGAAAAAGUGUUUCCGUUGCAGUUUUGCUAAAUACGCUCAUUUCGAUGCAGGCGAAAAAGUUUCUUCAUCCUGAGGCAAAAACCUUUUAUUGAAAAACAUGAUUUCGACGUGUUUCCAUCAAGCAAUUUUAUUUUCACAAAUACAGUUUGUGAAAUUAUAUAUCCGAUGGAACAGCUACAGAAAAUAUGCCUGUCUAGUUAAUCAGGGUUAUUUUGUUGGACUGCAGUUUAGCGAGCUUGCUGCUCGUUGUCAACUCGUACUUUUCCGACCUUCGAACCUUAAUAGUAACAAAAAGUGGGACUCUUUCAGUUUCCAUGUUAUGAGGACAUUGUGCAGCAGCAGGACACUAAAUGCGCCAUGCAGCCAGAGAACAAAGCUACCUUUCUCCUAUCAUCUCAUCUAGACGGCAGUAUGAUCUGAACGUUUUGCGUUUUACGCCGAUAGCUUAAACUUUUUUAAAGAUCUACGUGGAAACUUGUGAGCGUCUUGGUGAGCCCUGAGAGUGCCGACUGGCCCAUGCCUAGCAGAGAAGCGUUUCUCUGCAUUACACAAGCAUCAUUACAGUGAGUUUCACUUUGACCCUGCUCUUGUUUUCCACCUCCCAUCAUGCUUCACCUUGGCCCUUCCUUCUGAUUGCUCUUCAUUGAAAGCACUUUAUGGUUUGGUUUUCUUUUCACAUCGCCAGCUGUUGCUUCAUCCUUAAGCUUUUAUGUUUGUUUUUGUUUUUAUAAAAAAAAAAAAAAAGAAGAAGAAGAAGAAGCCAUUUAUUGAAGGCAAAAAGAGAGAGAAAAAUCUAAUGUUUUUUUCUCUGGUUGGCAUUUCGCGGCGGCUUAGUCUUAGAAAAGUCGAUUUUCAUUAUUGCAGUCCCUCGGUUGGUUUUAUAAUUGACUGCACUUUUUUUUUUUUUAUAAUUGAAUGAUUUGAAGCUAAGCUGACCUCCGUGCGUUUGGGUUGGUGAAAAUGACAUUCAUUGAGGGUGCGGGGAGCCGAGGGAAAAUGGAAGGGACCACCUGUUUUGCGUUGUUUUUCUUUCUCACGAGAAGCAAUUCAUCCAGGUUUCCUUCUUGUCCAAAUCACCUCUCGAGAACCCGCAAUUUGCAACAGUUUGCCCUCAAUUUGCGCGUGUCGUUUGAGCUUUCAUUCCCCUCUUCGCUCCUGCUUGUCAUCACUUUUUCCUUUUGAAUGUUUUCCGUUGUGUGUGUGGUUUAUUUAUUAAUUUUUUUAUUUUCUUUGUUGCUAUUUUUCUCUCAGUCUGAGGUGUUUCUGCAGCAUAGAAAAGGAAAAGCAAAAAAAAAAAAAAAAUCAUCAAACAGCAGAGAAAGGUACUGCCGUGACAUCAAUUUGUAAAACACUUACGAGGGAAGGCAGGGCUGGUUUUUCCGAUAAAUUUCCACGGGGAGCGCGUGGAGAGGAUCUGACCUCGGUGUGUCGGCUCGCGGGGCCUUUUGGCGCCCGUGUAGCAGCGGUUUGUAGCUGAUGAUUUCUGCAAAAAGAAAAGGGAAAAAAACAACAAAAAAAACACCCACUCUGGGCUUUUUGCAGCAGUACACCUGUGCUCUUGUCGAACGCUGUAUUAUUUUCCAUAAGCACCAUCCAUAAUUCACACGCUCCUGCAUCAAAUAUUGAGCAGUGAAACCGAGCUGAGAGGUCAGGAGGGCCCGCUUCUCGUGUAAAAACCGCCGCGCUCCUUCGCAGAUUGUCUUUCACUCCACCCUUUUCCUUCGCAGCAUCUGUUCUCGUUAUUUUUUAUUUUUUUACGUUGCUUCACUUGCCUGAGAUAAUUGAUGCGAAAGAAUAAAAAUAAAAAAAUCUGUUAUUUAUCGGUAGAAACCUGCUCACUUUCAGUCUCAGCCACCGUGACGUGUGGACAGCGUUGUAAAUGAAGGAAAGAAAAGAAGAAGGAAAAAAAAAAACAGGUUAAGGCUUCUCUCACUUUCAUGUUUUCUUCUCUUGAGAUUCAGCACCGACUCCUUUUUAUGUCAUUGAUCGAUGGUGUUUUGUAAUGUAUAUCUGCAGUUGUUGUAUCGUGUGCUCAGCUUGGAGGGGGCGGCAAAAGGUUGAGAGAGCGAGACGCCGCUUCUCUUCCCAGAAAGAACUGAUAAAGCCUUGCUUCGGAUUGGACAAAAGCCCAUUUCCUGUUUAUUUAUCCGUUUCUUCUCAUUCCAGCUGAGAGGAAGUUUUACUUUUGGUCGUUUUUAUUUUUUAUUUUUUUAAAAGAAAUGCUCUCCGUGGUUCUUUUAGGUCGUAUGAAGCUGUUGUUUUAAUUUCUCAGGAUGCAGAGGCCCCCCCCACCCUUUUUAUUUUUUUUCUCUUUGAGCAGUAAAACAAAACCGAAAGUCAAGCUAACGGCACCAGCUACAAACAUGUACAUAGAUAUAAAUUUAUAUAUAAAUAUAUAUAUAAAUGGGUCUUUGCACAAGUUAUCUCUGUGUCUGCUCUGUGUGAUUUUAACAGGGGGGAAAAAAGCAAAAUGUGAAAGAAAGAUUAGGCAAAAAAGAAAAACAACAACAACUUUAUAUAUGCUUUACAGUUCUUUGUCUCAUUAACAUUUUGCACUUAUUUAAAGAGGCUUUCUUUGGUUUCCGGGCUGACGGAGCUGUUUUCACGCUCUGCUGAGAUAUUGUACAAUAUGUAUAUGUAUUUUUAUUCAUAUGCAUAUAAAUAUAUGUCUAUGUAAUUUGA